CUCUCUCUCCCGGCCGUUUCUCCUCCCAUCACCUCACGAAUGGAUCCCGCCCUUUAGUUCCCCGUUUCAUCUCCUUAAUCUCCCCCAACUCGUAACUGAGGCAAAGAUCAAGGUAGGGCGGCCGCCCUACCUUCCCUACUGGGUCCUCCGCCCGUGCCCCUAUAUGCUCAGACUAACCGGGUUGGCACCAAAUGUCGUCGAAGAAGAUAGAGCUAGACCACAAGGACAUGGUUCAUGAUUCUGCCAUUGACUACUAUGGGAAGCGCCUUGCCACAGCCUCCUCAGACUCCACUGUGAAGAUCGUCAACAUUGGAGGCGCAUCUGCUCCAUCCCAGCUCCUUGCCACCCUCACUGGCCACUAUGGCCCCGUGUGGCGUGUUGGAUGGGCUCAUCCCAAGUAUGGUUCAAUUCUCGCAUCCUGCAGCUAUGAUGGCCGUGUGAUAGUAUGGAAGGAGGGUGCGACUGGGCAAUGGUCGCAGGCCCAUGUGUUCAGCAACCACAAGUCCUCAGUUAACUCCAUUGCUUGGGCUCCAUAUGAGCUCGGCCUUUGCCUUGCCUGUGGGUCUUCGGAUGGUAGCAUCUCUGUCAUGUCCAUGCAGCCUGAUGGAGGAUGGGACACUGCAACCAUCGAGAGGGCACACCCUGUCGGCGUCACAGCAGUCUCCUGGGCUCCAGCAACAGCGCUUGGUUCCAUGGUUGGCUCUGACCAGCUCGUCCACAAGCUUGUAUCAGGUGGAUUUGACUGUGUUGUCAAGGUGUGGGAGUUUGUCAACGGUGGCUGGAAAGUGGAGAGCGCUCUGGUCUCUGACAUGCACGCAGAAUGUGUGAGAGACGUUUCAUGGGCACCGGUUCUUGGCCUGGCGAAGUCGACCAUUGCCAGUGCUUCCCAAGACGGCAAGGUCGUCAUCUGGACCAAGGGGAAAGGAGGAGACAAGUGGGAAGGAAAGAUGAUGCGUGACUUGGAGGCUCCGGUGUGGAGGGUGUCCUGGUCCUUGACAGGGAACAUACUAUCCGUCGCUGCUGGUGAAGGUGCCAUAACACUGUGGAAGGAAACGUCGGACGGGCAGUGGGAGCAGCUGUGGACGAAGGCGUCAGGCGAGCCGCAGGAGCAGGCGACGGAGGAGGUCAUCGCGGCACAGUAGGGGGAGCAAGCCUGCGCUGCAUAUGCAUAUCUCCAGCUCGUUUCGAAACCGUUACUUUGUCUUUAUAGUACCCAAUGCUGUUAUUAUUAUUAUUAUUAUUACUGCUACAUGUUUUGAUCACCGGUGUUAACUGAUACAGAUAGAGAUAUUCGCCUUUUGGUGCAUGUUGUUCUUCUGCUGCAUGGGUAGUGCUCUGAUUGCAUUGUAAAAACCUGUUGGUCUGAAAUUGUUUACUCUUGGAACAAUGUAUCAUCCUUUCUGAAGUGUUAUAUUUCCUGCGCUA